AUGGUGACCAGCCGCAAGAGAACCAAUCCUGAACCCGAGGCGAAGCUGAGCUGCGAUGCAGAGCCGGCGUCCCUCGUCAACUUCAAUGAUACCCCGCCAAGCCCCGCUGAUGUCAUCACACUACCUAAGGAGGACGACGACCUCGAGGCUCUGAUCGGGAAGCUCGGCGCCCUGGCGGACGUCGUCUCCCGCAACCGCAGCCUCGCCUUGUGGACGGGGUUCGCGGCGACGCCCAACCCCAAGAGGGACCCGAUCGAUAUCGCCAAGGCGGAGGCCGAUCCGAGGGAGCUCGAAAUGUUCGCCAUGUUCGACCGCAACGGCCGCCGGCUGCCGGAGUCGUCCGCGGCGCAGUUCGACGUCACGAGGGACGUCAAGCCGCUGGUCCGGGAGAACGUCAAGACGGCGGCGCGGUACGAGGACAUGGCGUCGUGCGUCGACGAGGUCUUCGGCACCCGCGGUGCCACCAAGGAGAACGUGUGCUGGAUCGUCGAGAACAUGGAGGUCGUGCUGCCGCUCGUCAAGUUCCACCUGCGCGUCAAGCGCGCACGGCGGAACCUCUCGGGCGGGCUGGAGACCCUGACGAGCAACGAGCUGGCCGAGUACCAGACGGUGCGCAAGAUCCGCAGCGUCCUGGGCGUGAGGAUGCAGAAGUGCCGCGUCGGGGGCCGCUGUUCCAACAAGCGGCUGAGCGGAUAUGACGCCGUGUUGCUAAGGCGGCAGAACAUCAUGUCAUGCCUUGUAAAAGGGCAGCGUGAGAGCCAGAUGAGGACGGGGGGCGUGAGGGGGGAGAGUGGGCAACUUCGCGUCAAGCGUCAACGGUGCGCGGCAUGA